UCCCAGUCUCAGAGCGCACAACACCACAAACGGCUUCCGUUUCGCUUCCACACACAACACACACAGCAAUGGCAGGGGGGAGCUACGUGUGCUCGCUGUCGCCCGAGAUGGUGGAGAGAGCUCGCGUGGAGCUGGGAGAGAACCCCGAGACGAGGGCGCAGGAGGUGCAGAAGCUGCGGGAGGCGCUCGCUCUCCGCCCCGACAUCCCGGCCCUGACAGACGACGGCUUCCUGCUGCGGUUCCUGCGAGCCAGGAAGUUUGACCACGAGGAGACAUUCAAGCUCGUGGAGAGCUACUACAAGUGCCACGAGACCUGGCCAGACAUCUUCCAGAACUUCCGUCCGUCCGCAGUGAAAGAGUUGCUGGACAGUGGCUUCAUCCGCGUGUUGCCACAGCGGGACUACAAGGGCAGACGCGUCGUCAUCCAGAGUCCCGGAAAGUGCAACCCUUCGACGACUCCCAUCAUCGAUAAUAUCCGAGCGAUGUACAUGACUCUGGAGCUGCUGAUCCAGUCCGAGGAGACGCAGGUGAACGGAAUCACCAUCCUAGUAGACCACAAGGGCAUGCGCCUUGCCCACGUCAUCAACUUCACCCCUUCUCUCAUGAAGAAAAUAACCACCGUGAUACAGGAUGCAUUUCCAAUUCAAUUAAAAGGACAUAACACAAUUAAUGAGCCAUCGAUUUUCAAAGCCAUGUACGCCUUGGUGAAGCCCUUUUUCAAUGAGAAGAUGCAAAAGCUGAUGAUGUUCCACGGCAGGGACUUCCUGUCGCUGCACAAGCAACUCUCUCCCGACAUCCUGCCAGCAGAGUACGGGGGCACGGCGCCUGACAUCGCCGCCGACAGCUGGGCCCAGGAGCUGCUCUCCGCCGAGCCUUACUUCCUUCAGGCGUUUGGAGGCAUCGUCUUCAAGAAGGAUUUGGCCCCGGAGGUCCUCACAGACGAGGAUAAGAAGCUGCAGGAAGAUUUUAGGCGGGUCAUUGAGGAGGUAGAGCCCGACGAGUGGAACAAGGUGUAGGUCGCCUACACUCGCGUGUGGCCUGAGGGCCUGCACCUCGAGCCAGUCAGAAAUAAGUAGAGCUGAGCUACACGAUGAUUUAAGGCAGUAGAGGAAAUGUAGAGGGAGGGAGGUAGCGACAGAAGAGGGGGCAGAUUAAGAGAGAAACGCAGGUAUUCCUCGAUUUACGAACGUUUCGUUUACGAAAUUUCAUGAAACAUCCCUAAUCAUUAUAAAAAUGUAUGGGAGAAGCCAUUCCAUUUGACAAAAUUUCGUUUUACGCUCUUUUUUUUUAAGAAUGCAUCCCUUUCGCAAAUAGAGGGAUACAACAGGUGGAGAGAGACAGGCCUCUACGAUUUACAGCUUUGCUGGCUGGGAGGGACGGACAGUCCAAAAGUUAUUGUCAAAAUUGUGUUCACUCCUUCCUAACGAACACUUCUGCCCUUCUAAUAAACCAGCUAUUGUUUCCUGGCUUUUCCUGUUUUCCCCAAUACUCCUUCCCUAUUUGAGCCUUUGUGUUGAAUCCCCCUUGUUCAUUAAAAGUACUGGUAAUGUGCUUCACCAGAGCCUGAUAGAAUGAAAAAUCCUCCAGCCACAGACUCGGAAACAAUAAUAAAUAGUAACGCAAAAUAAUUGUUGAAAACUACAUAUUUGUGUGUAAAGGCACCAAUAUAGAGUACUUGAGGGUUGGCUAACUGUGGUUGCACCUACUUAUGCCGGUGGGUGGCCAUUGCAUGAGGGCUUUGUCCUUACAAAUGAAAUAAACCAUAGGUUGUUUGAGACGCAGGUGUGUGUGUGGAUCACGCAAAUGUUGUGCAACUCCCGCGGGCGUCGAGAUACCGUAACCAUGGCUUGCCAGAAGGCGGUAUGGAAAAAACUGGACAACAUCUGUCUCUCCCUUCUGUGAUAAGAGGGGCUGCCCCCCUUCAAGCUUGGGGUUGUUUUUUACACGCUUUCAUUUAACUCACUCUGCUGUUGUUGUCGUAUCCUCAAAUCUUGUAACUCAAUUUUAACCCACUUCCCAAUGUGGUAUACUUAUGUCAUGCUGAUGAAAAUACUAUAUUCUAUCAUAAAAAAUGAUUUAAAAAAUUAACAAUCUUUUUUUAUAUGUUAUGUUUCGGCUUGGGUCUAAUUGUCCACGCUCAACUAACGUCGGCAGUAAUUGGCCACGGUCCCUUACGUUAUGCUAAGCUUCGGGGCCACUGCCUAGGGUCGUGGAGUUCUACUAUUACUAAUAGGGUACAUUUCAUUAAAGUGUGUUUUUUAAAAGUUUUUUUUUUAUAUUACUUAUGAUUAACUCUGUUGUUGUAUCAUCAAAUGUUGUAACUCACUUUUAACCCACUUCCCAAUGUGGCAUCGACUGCAAACUUGGUAUACUUAUGUCAUACUGAUGACAAUACUAUAUUCUAUCAUCAAAAAUAUUUUUAAACAUUCAUUUUUACAUGUUAUGUUUCGGCUUGGGUCUAAUUGUCCACGCUCAACUGGCGUUGGCUGUAAAUCACCACGGUCCCUUACGUUGUGGCAAGCUUUGCGGCCACUUCCUGGAGUCGUGGAGUUUUGCCAUUACGAGUAGGGUACAUUUCAUUAAAGUGUGUUAUUAAAAAAAGUAUUCUUAAAUAUUACUUAUUUUUACACACUUGCAAUUAACUCUGUGUUAUCCUCAAAUCUUGUAACUCAAUUUUAACCCACUUCCCAAUGUGGUAUCGACUGCAAACGUUGUAUACUUAUGAUGACAAUGCUAUAAUCUAUAAUAAAAAAAAUUAACAAUC